GGCCGCCCGCCUGCCGGGCUCCGCGCAGGCGCACAACCCUUGCAACCGCUUUGGCCGCCUCGGGCCACCGUCGGUUGCUGUCCGCAUGCGCAAGCCGCGAACAUGGCGGUCACCGUUACGUCCUUCUGUGCUGCGGGUAGUUACGCCUGGGCUAUGCUGCCCCGACUCCGCGGCGCGUGGACCCUGGCGCUGCUUCAGUCCGCGGCCAAUUCUACCGCGGUCCCCCAAAACAGAAGCGAGUCUGGAGGUACACACUGGAGAAGACGUGAGGUACCACGACAUAAUAGACUGCUUGGAAUUCCUAGAACAAAAAAAAUGCCUGUUGAUCAAGAUUGGAGCAAUGUUUACCCAGUUGCAGCAUCAUUUAAGCCUUCUGUAGUUCCACUUCCCAUUCGAAUGGGCUACCCAAUGAAGAAAAGAGCACCUCCAUCAAAAGAGGGCAACUUGGAGCUUAUAAAGAUUCCCAAUUUUUUGCAUCUUACUCCUGGUGCAGUUAAGAAACACUGUGCAGCUCUUAAAAAUUUCUGCACUGUAUGGCCAACUGCAUUGGACAGUGAUGAGAAAUGUGAGCAGCAUUUUCCUGUUGAAAUUGACACAGUAGAUUAUGUUUCAGCAGGGCCAUCUAUUCGUAAUCCCAAAGCAAGAGUGGUAACCUUAAGAGUUAAACUUUCCAAGCUGAAUUUAGAUGACCAUGCGAAAAAGAAGCUUAUUAAACUUGUAGGAGAGCGGUACAGCAAGGAUACAGAUAUCCUUACCAUUACAACAGACAGAUGUCCCCUAAGGAGACAAAACUAUGAUUAUGGAAUAUACCUCCUCACAGUUUUGUACCAUGAAUCUUGGAAAACUGAGAAGUGGGAAAGUGAAAAGACUGAUGCAGACAUGGAGGAAUAUAUCUGGGAAAAUACCUGCUCUCAGAAGAAUGUCUUGGACACACUUCUGCGAAUAAAAGCUGCAGAGAAAAUCAGUGAUGUGCCUAGGGAAGAACUGCUUGCUUCUGAGAUAGUUGAGAAUUACAAAAACUCUGUGGUCCUGCUUAAAAACGAGGGGGAAACAGAGGAUAACAUGUCUAAGUACAAGGAAUCAGUGAAGAAACUGCUGAAUCUGCAAGGAUUCCAAUGAAAAUAGACUUGCUUAAGUAUAAAGGUGAAAAUAUGUAUUAAUACCUUUUGUAUAAAAUUCAGAUUAGCUAUCCAUAAUGUCUAAGCAUCUUCCUUCAAGUUUUUAAAAAAUUAACUAAACCCAAAUGCAGGUGACUAUCCAAUUUGGAAAGUAUCAGCGAUGCUUAAAUUCAGUCAUGGGGAAAGUUUAUUAAACUAUCAUGGUCCACAAAAGUCAUUUGUGUAUGAAUAAAACUUGUAUUAGUUCUUGUCUGGCAAGCUAUCAAAAUGAAUGCCCAUUGCUUUCAAUUUGCCAUUCAACAAGUGCUAGCUAGUCUGGAACAUGGUGGAUCCAUAACCAGUCUUUUGAUCCAUCAGAAACUUAAGCAUGACUUUGGGCAAGUCACCAUGGGUACAGUCAUUAAAAAAGUAUGUAAGAGAUUUUGGGCUAACAAGUUCCACUGACUUGCAAUGAGACUUAAAUUCAUGUGUGACAACAUUCACUUUUAUAAUGGGAGUUGGUACCUAAACCCCUUGGGUACUUUUGAAAAUGUGACCCUUAGGUUUUCUGUGUGUCUGUUCUUUGGUGAUAAUAUUUCCCUGCCUCUAAGGUAUUGGAAAGAUAAAGAUCUAUUGGAAAGAUAAAGUUAAAGAUGUGGAUGCUCAUAUAUUAUGCUAGGACAGAGAUUGGCAACCUACACUCAACCAAGUCACUGGAUCCAGCCCACAGAGCUAGGGUUUUCUUGGGUAACCUUGGUGGCUUGUGGCUUUGCCCAUGCCAUGCUGCAGCCGGGUAGCGGGGAACUUUUUGCAUUUGCAGCACCACAGUCAGGCAGUGGAGAGAAGCAGAAGUGUAGAAAAGCAGUGGUGGCAGCCGGGUCCUAGUACCAGUGUGUCAGACCCACCCUGGGCUGUUCCAGCCUACUUGCCAGAAAAUAUUGCUGACACCUGUGCUAGAAAGCCAGAUAAGCAUCUUGAAUAGAAAUGGUAUGCCCAAUGGAAAAGGAACAGGAUAGGGUAAACCUUGAAAUAGGAAAUAGACAAACUAGUGGGUUGAAGGCUAAUGAGAAUUGUUUUCCAGGAUACCAUCAUGCAUAAAGAAGGAAAAAGGAGAAAAUGGAGGUUGGAAGCAUACAGCAUAAAAUCUUUGUAUGCCUAUAUAAGAUGUAUAUAGAAUAAGUAAGCAAAUAAUGUAUUGUUGCAUGAACAAAAGGGAUUUUAAUGAAAGGACGUAGACUGUUAAAUGAGUGAAGUAUAAAUUAGGGUAUGACAUUUUUGGUACAGGAGGAGAUGUAUUAACCUGUCUAUCAUGAGUGAACCCGGGAACUCUUGGUGUGGGAAACAGUUGCUUCCAGCUGCUUGUUACCAGGAGUAGAAGAAAACAUGAUAUGAAUGAGUAUUAUUCCUCUGAUUUUUAUUUGAACAGAAGUGAUGUUGAAAACCAAAACUUCCAACAAGUUUCAGGUACACAACACUGAUCAAAAAUAGUUUCUUUAAUAGAAACAAAUAUUCAGGAAAAUUAGUCAUACAACUGAUUUGGUUACUCUUCUUUCUUUCGUUAAAAAAGAAAUCUCAAAAAUAGAAUACAUAGCUAAUUAUGCCAAGAGUUUGACUUUCAGGUUUACAAAAAUAAUUCCUGUGUUGGGGGAAAGGGGUGUUUAAUCAGAAUUAGAUAUUGUAAAUCCUUGAUAUGUAAUAAGGCCAAACUGAUAACCUAAUGCUCCACUCCCCAGCCACAGCUAGUUAAGAGGAAAACAGUUAAGAGCAUGGGUAUGAACCCUGGCUAGGGAGGAGGAAAAUUAUUUCUGUAUAAUGUUAUUUGGGACUCCACGGGAAGCCUUCUGACUGGCUUCAAUCUUUUGACAUUAAGGCCUCUAUAUACUGCAGCUCAUGUCGUAUGCACAGGUGGCUAGUGUCUCCCUUCUUAAGGGAGUGGCAUUGUCAUAAGGAUUCUGUCUAGUAGGACGCAAUUUUCCAUAUAGACAGAAGUCUCUUUAAAAAAUGAAUAUUCAAAUCAUUGCUACAGAAUCCUUAUAAUUGCUACUAUCAAGAUUUUUUUAAUCUUUGCAUGACCAUCCUAUUUUCAGUUUUGUCACAUCAUAGUUACUCACUUUCUAGACAAAUGUUCCCUUCUUUCAGCUCUGCACCAAGGUGAAUCUUAUUUCUGAAAGGUUGAGGUGUUGCGGGGAAUGGUCCAGCUGUUUUUGAAAGAAAGGAGAGAGGAGGUGAAAGUAAAAACAUUUUCCCAUUUGAAAAAUAUUUGCGUGUUGCAAUUUUGACUUGGAAAAUACCAUGAAUUGUUGAAGAGUGUCUGGCUUUUUUCUACUUGACUGGGCCUGAAGGCAGAAUCUGUCCAUUAAUAUAGUUGUACCAUCUGUAGAGCAAUGGGGACCCUCAAGUACUAUGAUGACAUUGUGUAAUGUACAUUUUUAUAACCUUAAUUGCUGAUCUUUAUCUGCUAGGGCAUAUUACCCUUGCAAAGCAGAGUCUACAAAAGACUGUUCUCUGUUUAGAUAGGUGCAAACAGGGGAAGUACAAGUACAAUAACAAAUAUACAGGUCUGCAUAGCACCUUAUUCGUAUCAGUGAUGCUUCAUUAAUGUGUUGUAAUGCAUCGGCAGCAUUCUAAAGCUUACAUACCUUCACCUUAUUACGUGGGGAAGUGUUUCAUUUAAAGGUAGAGAUAAAUGUAAAUCAAGAAACUGCUAGUUUUGUAAACCUGAUUCAGUAGUUUGUGGAAGUAAUAUUUGAACUUUAUUAAAGCAUGAAAAGAGCACUUGGCAUUCUACCAUCAGACAAAGAAGCAUUGAUGAUGUCUACAAACAGUGGGCCUAUUAUCUCACAGCUGGCCUUUUCCAGCCAGGAGCAGCCUGGAGCUAGUGCAGGAAUAAUGGCCACAGGUACUUUCAGGACUUCAGUGAAUAUUAUAGGCUGAAACAUCAUCAGACAAGGCUACUAAAUAUGUUCCUUUGAGACCACUGUCCUGUCCUCACAGAUGCAGAUUUCUCAUUCUAAAUGCAACGGUUUUCUCUGAGGGAGAAAAAAUCUACUUGCAGUGAGAAAAUUCUCACUCCAGUGGAAGCAGGUCGUAUUAGCACUGCCUUUUUAGUGCUUACCUAUAUGGUCUCAGAAUCCUUGUUUCUUCUUUGCACCUUAUUUUUGGACGUUAUCAUAUGUACAUACAUACCACAUACCUCUUCCCAAAAAUUAGCUCUCUAAAAUUGGGAUACAUCUUUAUGAGAGGAAGCUGAUCUCCACACUAAAGUGGAGGCAUAGGGAUGCUAGAAUGGCUGCUAGGGAUGUUCUGGGCUCUGUGCUCUAUCAAGGAAGGAUGGAGGUCCAGUCCCUCCUUGUCACUCACUUGCUAGCUACAGCUCCAGAGGUACAAGUUUAACCCUGUCACUGCCAAAUUGGCAACAGCUUUUGGCCAAGGAGGGUUAAACUUGUAGCUCUGGAGCUGCAGUUUAGAGCGUGGGUGACGCUGACAACUGAACUAUGCCCAUCUUGUAUGUAACCAGAACAUUCAGCCAUGUUGAUCCCAGGUUGUGACGGUUAAGAUUCUAGAAAAACAGUUUUUCUUUAUCUGCCUUCCCAGAGCAAGUUGCAUGUCUUAUAUGUGAGGGUGUGAUAUGUGAGUAAUAUGAUACUACUUUACCUCCCCUCCCCACUUUGUCUACUGCUCAUUUCUUUUGCAGAGCCCAGAAGCACUUUUUAUUUCAACCAGGCCUUUCUAUCAAGUGUUGGUAUAGGCUUUCCAAAGUCACCUGGUUUCAAACUCUGUACCUCUUGCCUACCAUAGAUGGGCACAUCAAGUGUCUUCCCUGCUUGAAGGGGUCCCAGGUCUACAGGAACCAUGCAAGGUGAUCACUUCCUAGACCAGGAAGGAGUGUGAAGUCAUAUCUCAGGUUUACCUCCUGCCAUCAUCAGGCUCUGAACCCAGAGUGUAGGACUCAAUUGGGAGCAGGCCUUCCAGGGAGCAAAUUCCUCCUCAAAGACUAUCUUCCACACAGUGCCAAAGAUGAGCUUCCUGGUGAGCAUCAGCCUGGAGACUGCCAUUACAGGAUCCUCGAGAGAGAUUCUUUACUUCACUUCUAAACUUCAUGGCCGCAUGAAGAAUAUUGACAAAGCUCAGAAAUAUCCCUUUCUUAGAGCUACCAAUGUGCCUUCCUGGAGACUCCCCCUCAUCAGGCCCUAAGGAAUUAAGCCCCCAAGGUUCCUCCUUCAGCACCUAGUUAUCAUGGAACCACCUUCUUGGCACCAAUCCUUAUUUCAGUAGUGGUGCUUGCUCCUCUACUGAUACUCUGUUUUCUCCCUACAGCCUUCUGCUAUUCUAUCCCAUAUACUAAUGUCAAUUUCUCCAGAGGUUCUGUUUCUGUUCUUUGGUUUCCAUGUGACUAAUCUGACAUGCCCCUUCCUAGCUGAGGAAGUUUUGGUUUCCAGAGCUGCUGCUCUUGUUGGAGAGAAGCCCAGGACUGCUGUUCUUGGACCAGCUUUUCCAGAACAGGAGGACACUCCAGAAAUAUCUGCGUCCCCUUACCUUCAUAGCUUCAAUGCUGGAGGGUUCUCAAUAAUGAAGUGGGCCUGCUUACUCCAUCAGGGACAUUAUUGAUAACUGCAGAUGCUCUACUAAAUGAACCUACCUACCUGUCAUGCAAGGCUUCUCUCCCAUUGUAAGGUUGUUACUGGAGGUAUAUUAGACUACUACACAAAACAGAAGCAAAGUGAUCUCAGUUGUUAUCACAAUGUCACUCUGUUAUUAUAACUUGUCACCUAGCCACAGAGCGUCAGCCUUUUCUACCCAGCAGUAUUAAAGUUCCCCAAUUAUGACAAAACAUAUUCCUGGUGAUGAGAAAUGGGUCCCUCAGUGCAACCUGAAUUUAAACUUUAUGGUCUUAGUGAACACACAUUUGUAAUGAAGGUAAUUUGCUUGCUUUCCGUUUGUCCAUGAAGGUGGCUUUGUUGGUGUCUAUCACUCUAUCAGAGAGGGAAGGGCAAGAUUCAAGUGAGAUCUUUGUAAAUAAAUAAAAAUUAAUUAAAACUCGC